AUGGCCACGCCAUCCGUGGCGGACAGCCUGCCGAGCAUCAACUUCGGAUUCGACGAGCUGCGCGAUCGCAUGGCCAGGUUCACGGCCAAGUUCGAUGCCUUCAUCGAGCAAGGGCGAAAGAGAGUGCUGGAGGAGAAGAAUCAAUUCGUUAUGCAGGUCACAGAGCUCCAAGAGGACCAAAGAAUGAAGAGAAAAGAUAUCGACAUACUCCAGAUGAAGACGAACACACACCAAAACAGCAUCGCCAAGGAGGCAGCCGAAACCCGCGAGAUGCAAGCCGCCAUCGCCUCGCUCAGCGCGGAGCGCGACAAGCAGCUCGCGCUCCGGGACACGCUCCAGAAGCAGAUUGAGGAGACGCAGAAGGAGAUCGACGCGCGGCUGGCGGCGCAGCGGGCGCACCAGGCCCAGCAGGAGGCGCAGGCGCGCUUCAACGUGCCGGAGCUGGACUUCUGGAUCACGAACCUGUGCCUCAAGAUCGAGGGGGCCGGGCAGGACGACAGGCUCAAGUUUGUGUUCUCGCACAUCGACGAGAAGGACUGGGAGCGCGAGGCGUGGUUCGAGCUGAGCACGACGUCGAGGGACUAUGAGGUGAAGCACUGCAGGCCGAAGCUGGACAGGGAGAGCGUCGAGAGGGUUCUGGAGAGGACGAACGAGACGAGGGAGCUGGCGGUGUUAUUGAAGGGGAUGAGGGAGCUGUUCGUGGAGGCUUUCAAGAGCUGA